AGCCUCACAACGAACCUCACAACGAACCUCUCAUUCUCUCAAUUGGCUAAGCAUUGUGGUCAAAUUUUCAGUUGUCCCUGGCCUCACUGUCACAGUUUUCAUUGUAUUUUGAAACAGACCGAAAAACAAGAAGUAAUCUUGCAGCACAUGAAUAAUGAAUAUUCUCGAUGCGGGCGAAGGCUAUGGCAAAAGACACCACAUUUAUAAACGAAUUUCUAACCAGGACAAAAAAGUGCUCCAGAUGCUACAAACCUACUUGCCGAUUCGAAUCGAAAAAUUGGUUAAUUCAAGUGCUGAGAAGCGGCAAUGCGAGUUGAAGAUUCUCAGUGUCGGAGGUGGAACAGGAGAGAUAGAUUUGAGAUUUGUGGAAAUUCUACUCGAGGAAUUGAAGAAACACAGCUCUGAUGAUCAAAACACGACGAUAUAUCUGCGAGUGGUUGAACCGAAUUCAUCUUCGUGCAAACAAUUCAGCGACGCCGUAGAAGCGCGUCGAGAUUUGCCAAUCCACAUCGACAUUCGAAGCGAAACGUUUGAGAAAUAUAUUCAAAAUGAGCAGAACGCAAGCACGGCAUUUGACAUAAUACACUUUAUUCAUAGCAUCUACUUUGUUCAAGAGGAAAAAGCGAUUUCGUACUGUUUGGAAAAGCAAUUGAAAGAUCAGGGUUGUCUCUUUUUCGUGUUUUGCGAUGAGGCUAUAAUAAAGCAAGUGGCACUUGAAAUGGCACCAGAGAGACGACCUAACGACAAGUUGGUGAACCUCGCCGAAAAAACAGGUCCGAAAUUGAUUGAAAUCGUUGAGAAAUAUGGCCGGAAGUAUGAAGUAUAUUCACACGAACAUCCAGUUGAUGUGUCAGAAAUCUUCGUCGGAUCAGAGAGUGGUGACCUGCUUCUUGACUUCAUAACUCAAAAAGUCGACUUUCGCAAGAAUGCCGAUGCAAGUUUGGUUGAUAGAGUUCUGGCAUUGAUCAAAAACGCGAGCCUCACGAGGGAUGAAAAAAACUAUUGCAUGCAAACUGAUAUUCUGAUAAUCGUGCACUUAUAGAAUGUAGGAAUGAUGAUUUGUUCUUAAUAGAAACGAAAUAUUACUAAUCGAUUGCACGUUAUUAUCUUGUUUUAACCUAUAUUUUGACAUUUGUGUAACAUGUGUUUUGCCACAAUAAUUCAAAAUUCAAUAAUAUAUUUUGUUGCUGGCUUCAUGC